AUGGAUGAGGAGGAUAGGAUGGAGUUGCUAUUCUGGGUUGACGGCGUAGCGAGGAAAGCAUAUACAGAGUCUUACCAUGAUUGCAUAUCGUUUGACACCACCUACCUCACGAACCAGUACAACAUGCCCUUUGCCCCCUUCAUUGGCAUCAACCGGCAUGGGCAAUCAUUCAUGCUGGGCUGUGGGUUCAUGAGGGAUGAGACGCCUUCGAGCUUUGAUUGGCUGUUUGAGCAAUAUCUGGAUGCAAUGGGUGGCCAAGCUCCUCUGAAUAUUAUAAUUGAUCCGGACUAUGCUAUGAGGGCCUCGAUUGCAAAGGUGUUCCCAGAUACUGUCCAUCGCAAUUGCCGAUGGCACAUUAUGAAGAAGGCCCAAGAGAAGAUUGGUUCUUUUUUGGGAAGGAGGCCUGGUUUGUCGGAAGACUACAAUGAGUGUGUUGAUAUGAGUAGGACUCCACAUGAGUUUGAGCAGAACUAG